AUGUCCGACCUCCCCCGAUUGCCCACCCGCGGCAGCACAUCCCCAGCUCCGCCUCCCCCUCCUCCGCCUGCUCCCGUGCAACAGAGCCAGAGCAAGUACUCGCACCGCGCCGCCAGUGCCCUUGCAAGAUUCGCUCAGCCUUUUUUCUCAGGGUCUCGGCCUCCUAGCCCGCACGGCCCCGGCGUUCGUACAGACUCGCCUGCUGCUACUGCCCGUUCUACCAGGUCCAGCUCUUUGCCCGGAGCAUCGCAAACGGUUACCCACAAGACAGGCAUUUCGAUUGCUGCAUUGGAUAUCUCUCCGCAACGGACACAUGCAGUGAUUGGAGGAAAAGAGAUUCUGAAAACGAUCCGCGUUCUGCCUGAUCAUUCGUCAGAAGAGUUCAACUUGCGCAAUGCUAUCAUCAGCUAUUCCUCAACCCACCAUGCUGCCGGCGGUCUCUCCGCGCGGCACAAGGACCAGCUGACGGUGAAGGACGUGAAAUGGUCACAUGGACUCUACGAUCAGAUCAUCGCCACCGCGGUGGCCAAUGGCCGCAUCGUCGUUUAUGAUCUACAUCGAACCGGCCUGGAAUAUUGCAGGUUUCAGGGUCACAGCCGCCAGGUUCAUCGGCUAGCCUUCAAUCCACACCAGCCAGCAUGGCUCCUUUCUGGCAGCCAGGAUGCCCACGUUCGGAUGUGGGAUUUGCGUUCUGUAGCAGCAGACCGUGGUGUCUCGGUGUGCGGUAGCAGGGAGAAUUUUAACGGAAAUAGUGAUGCUGUCCGUGAUAUAAGGUGGUCUCCAAUCGAUGGGGUCAUGUUUGCCGCGGCCACCGAUAGCGGUGCGAUUCAGCUGUGGGACAUCCGCAAAUCGAAUAGUCCCGUUAUGCGGAUUACUGCUCACGAUAGGCCAUGCUAUUCAGUAGAUUGGCAUCCUGACGGGAAGCACAUUGUUAGUGGUGGUACGGAUAGGCAAGUUAAGGUCUGGGACUUCUCAGCGGGCGCCGAACGCAGGCAGAAACCUACAUUUCAAUUCCGGACUCCUCAAGCGGUUCUCAAUGUUCGCUGGCGUCCGCCUUCAUGGUCUAGCGAGAUAGACGGCUCUGGCGAUUGGCAGUCAUCACAAGUAGUGACCUCAUAUGAUAAGGAAGACCCGCGGGUUCAUCUAUGGGAUUUUCGUCGGCCUCAUAUCCCCUUUCGAGAAUUCGACCGAUAUGAUUCCACCGCUACCGAUUUACUUUGGCAUUCUAAGGACCUUCUCUGGACUGCAGGUGACGGUGGUGUAUUUACUCAGACCGACAUCCGUUAUGCCCCCCAAGUGGUCAAUCGACGCCCUACCUGCGCAGUGGCCUGGAGCCCUAGCGGCGAGGUUAUUGCUUUCGCCCAGAAGCGUCCCAGGAGGAGUAUCUUGGGCCUAAGCACAAAUGAGUUUAUUGGACAACCUGAAGAAGAGGACACCAGUGGCGAGACCCUAAGCCAGAGCCCCCCUGAGGAGGCAGUCGUUGAUGAGCCCUUGUUUGCUUCUAUUCGGCCUCGCCAUAGUAAGUCUAGUAGUAUUCGUACAACCAAGUCACUUGGCAGUACACCACCAACAGCCACGGAUCUCAUCCCGAUACUCCCGCUCGAGAGACUGCUCUCGAAGGAUACGCCCUCGACCCUGUGCCAAAGGGGAAUGGUGGUGAACAUCACAGGAGCCACGAUGGAUCAAGGGACAUUUCAGUAUCUUGCUCGCCAGUAUUCCCCUCUCCUUCCAAGCAAGCUCAGUGGCAUACAUACAAACCAUUUGCAGUCAUUUUUGGAUUCACUCAACCACAAUGCCCAAUGUGCCGAAGAGAUUUUACUGUUCCAAUUAGCCCAGACCUGGCGCAUAGUGGAAUAUGCUAUCGUGCAGGAGCUUCAAGCACGGGAAAUGGAGCAGCGGCAAGCACCAGAAAAGGGAACUCGCACUGUCAAAAAGAAAACUUCCUUGGAUGAUCCAGUUGUCGAAAAGGUGCGGAAUCCAGAGGACAUGAGACAUGAGAAAAUGAAGACUCGCUUCUUCAAGGGGGUGAUGGAGAAUGAAGCUCCAAAACAUCCAGUCUCGGAUAUCGAGAGCGCUUCGAACAUGACAACGCCGCUUGCUCAACCUUUGCCAGAUUCCCCACCCGAUUCGUAUGACAACUCCAGUUCCCAGUUCACAUCUUUGGACGAUGCUAGGGACAUUCAACCACUGCCGCCGUCUGUCUUAAGCUCAAACCAGGGUACUAUGGCUUCAAAUGACUGGUCUUCCAUGUCGGAUAUUGAUUCUCGAUCUAUUCGUCAACUCCAACAUCGAGAAUCUAAUGCUAGUGAAUCUAAUGCCAGUGAAAAUGUGCCCAUGCCACCUGAUAGUCCGCCAACUGGCCGACGUGACUCCGUUCCCAUCGAAGUCGAGGAGGAACAGAGGUCUGCCCCAUUGGCAAUUGCCGGUAGAGCAGAUUGGCAUAAUCGCGGUCGGCCUCGGCUCACAAAACAGGUCUCGGACGUGGACGAAUUCGAUCAGAAAAUGGAGGAUAAACGGGCUGCCAUCCGAGACUACAAGAUAUUUCCGAAAAAGCCCCUUUCAUUUGAAACGCACGCCGGGUCUGCUACUAAACCCGCUUUCUAUCGGCACGAAUCCACAGAAAGUUUUCCAAUGUUUUCUGCGUCAACCGCAAGUUCAAAUCCUUCCAAGUCGCCAGCGACAUCAUUCACAUCGGACGCUAGAUUGUAUGAUGCACAUGAAGGGCUCCCUAGAAAUAACACAAUUCUAAGGACCCAUAGUGAUUCACUUAUUACCUCUAACUCCAUACCGGAAGAAGAGUUCGAGAGCAAGGAAUCAUUUGCGGAAAGCCUCAAUGGUCAUCACCAUAUUCAUCUUGACAGGCCAUCUACGCCUCCUCCACUUUUAAAGGAAUCGACCCCUUUGAAGGCUCCAAGUCAAGAAGAUGAGGACGUCGCUAUUCGGCCAGCAACAAAUGGAGAUACCUCAACCCACGCUGACUCUGAAACUCCGAACGAUCUUCCCUGUAUCUCCAUUCCAGUACUCUCUAAUCAAACCGAUAAUAACCCGUGGAGCGCGGAAAUGCUGCUGAGGGAGGCGAUACGACAUUUUCACAGUAGUACCGAUGUUGAUGUCCAGUCUGCUGCCCACCUACUUCAAAAGCUGCGUGUCCUAUUCGAGGACUGCGAGAAUGUCCUACCGCAUGCGGAGAGCGAGGCCAUAUUCAAGAUAUACAAUGAAAACCUCAUCCGUCAGUCCAUGUACAUCGAAGCAGCCGAACUUCGUUUGCUCUGCGAGCCAUCCUAUCCCUCGGUCUAUGAAUAUGCUCAGGGAGACACCUACAUGAAUGUGUUCUGCUUCACAUGCAAAAGGCCAUAUGAAAACCCCAAGACAGACAAUACUCGGUGCCACCGUUGCAGUACUCCGCAGGAGCCUUGCACCAUUUGCAUGAGUCUCAGCCCGCCACCAGAAUGGGUUGCGGAGCAGAGUGCAUUGCCCCUUGACGCACGCUUUGGCCUAGGUUCGGGCCUCGCGCCUAACAUCUCCUCGCCAUCUUAUUAUUCGCCCAAAACCGAGCCCAUUCCUUCCGAAAUAGGGGACCUUGACGGAACACCUUUGGAGUCCUAUGAGCGCCCCCGGCCCAAGGGAACCACCCUCUGGUCUUGGUGCCAGGGCUGCGGUCACGGCGGCCAUCUAGCCUGUAUAAGCACAUGGCUAAAAGACAUCGACGUAAGUGAAGGCGGCUGCGCAACCCCCGGUUGCAUGCACGACUGCGCCCCGGGGCCCCGCCGUGAACACAAUCGCCGAAUCCUGCUCGAAGAAUCCAAGAAGCGCGACACAGCUAGCCGAAAGGCCGGCGUUGGCUUCGUUAAACGCGACACCUGGGCCAAGGGCGAGAGCAAAGCCGUCGAAAAGGUCCGCGGCAUGUUAAGCGUUGGUGCCUCUGCUGGAAGUGCGUCUACGGCGACCACUGCGACAACCAGCGUCGCGCCCAGUGCAACGUCAUCGAAUCUGAUGUCGUCCCCUAAGAAAGUGCGUCUGGUUACGCCUAGUGAGCAGGGAAAGCCGCCUAAAACUAGCUCUACGCGUACUAGUUUUGGUUAA